UGUCCGUGACAAGGUUUUUACCGACCAGAACUUUCCACGAAAGUUUUUAAGCUUGUUGGUUUCCUUGGAAAACAGAUAAUAAUGUAAUUUAUGUGCCCAUACAACUGAAGAGUGAAUUUUUGUGUUCGUAAUUUCUGGAGAUCUCUUCGAUUUCCUCACCAUCCAAAGUUCCAAACAUGCAGAAUGAGGACACAGCUAUUCUAAUUGGGACUCCAAUGGCAGUAAAAGGGUUGGAGUUUCCUAAACCAACACCCCCUUCCAGUGAUUAUUCAAGCAACAUUAUGAUCAGACGUUUACCCUUUCUUGGUCGCAUCCAUUUUGUGAAUGACACAAUGGGUAUUUUGACUUUAGCAUUUACAGCGCUGUACUGGGUGUACGGGACCUGUGUAGGUUUAUUUAUCAUACUCUUGCCACGCUAUCAGGAUGGCCAGGUGUCUGUAGUCUUUAUCAUUGGUUAUUCUUUUAUUUCUAUGAGCUGUAUUGUUGCAUUGUUUCGAGCUGCAACCACUAAUCCAGGACGAAUUCCCCUGCUGGAGGAUCUAUCGGGCAUCAAUACAACUGAAUGGAAUUUCUGUGCUAAGUGUCAGCGAAAGCGUCCCCAUCGAGCUCACCAUUGUCGGCGCUGUCAGCAGUGUGUUGUGAGGAUGGACCAUCACUGUCCCUGGAUAAAUAACUGUGUAGGAGAGGAGAACCACUACCUAUUUUUACAACUGCUGUUUUAUGCUGCUUCCCUGAGCUUGAGUGCCUUUGUCCUGUGUCAACUACAUUUCUGGUACUUCCCUCCCUGUAUAACUUGUGAUAAGACAGGGUUCUUCAUCAAGCACAGUUUAUGGUUUUGUUACUUACUGACCAUCAUGGGAGUGGCUAUGGGAGCUUUCAUGGCUGCCAAUCUGAUGGGCCAGCACUUCAACCUCAUCAUGGACAGGACAACAUUAGAAAACAUGGGACCAAUGCCACCACUCUCAGAGAUCCAGAUGCGGCCUGAGAUUGUGGCAUACAGAGAAAUAUGUGGCAAAGGUUCAUGUCUUAACUGGUUGAAUGUGUUCAGACGUCGGAGAGUGAGAGAGUUCCAGGCCUUUUCUCGAGUGUAGCAAAAACUACUAAGAGGUGAAAAGUCAAAAUCUGUAUUGGAGAAAUAGUCAAGAGUACGACAGAGCAAGAAUUUUUAUGUGGACAUAGUAUAAUUUAUGUUCACUAGUUGAUAUGUUCACUAGUUGAUAUGUUCACUAGUUGAUAUUAGAUCAUGAGGACCUUAUUUACUGUGGGGAAAGGUUAUGACUGUCUAGGGUGAAAGGUCACAUCUUGACCAUGGUUAAAGUUUGCAACUUAACAACGGUGAAAAGUCACCUGGCAAUAUACUUAGGUCUUUAGUACAGUUUAACUUCCUUCUUAAGAUGUCAAUAUCAAUUUUAAAUUCUCCAGACAUCAGUAUUUUGUAAGUUACACCAUUUUUUCACAUUUCAUCCUGAUACAAAUUAGUCAUUUCAGUGAUGGUCUAUCCUUAAGCACCAAAUACUCUUCACUAAAACUUGUGAUAGGCAGUGUAAACAGUAAGUAUUUCAUCAUUGUACCCAUUAUUGCAAGAACUUUAGUUUCAUAUUAGAAAUUUGUCACUUGCUCAUAUUUUUGUACAGAUGAAGUAUAAGUAAUAUAGAUAUUUCUUCACUGUCAUCACUUUAGAUAGAAUUACCAUCAUUAAUAUUGUUGUCUUGUUGGGAUGAGUUUCUUUGAAUUGAGGUUAUUAAUGAUCUCCAGGAAUGUUGUUCAUUAAUAGGCAAAAAGUAGGCAACACAUGUAAGGACAUUGACACAGCUAUUUCUUGUUAUACAGAGUUCACAUGAGUCCGUUUUUCCUGAUGUUAAUUCUAUACAUGUAAGGACAUUGACACAGCUAUUUCUUGUUAUACAGAGUUCACAUGAUUCCGUUUUUCCUGAUGUUAAUUCUAUACAUGCUGCUAGGUUCUUUCUGUUUUUAUAAGUUUUUAUUUACUCUUUAUACUUUGGUUUGCUUUUAUUAUUUCUAAGAUAAUUGCUCAAUUUGUUGUGUUAAAUUUGUUAAAGAACAAAAGAUUGUAUUAUAAUGAUUAUUUUGUGUGUUUUAUGACCAUCUUGUUUUGUGUUUAAAAUAUUUCAUUGCUGGAGUUUGUAUUAUGGAUAAUACUUUUUAGGCUAUCGCUGUUGACUUAAUUGCAAAUUCCAAAAAGAACAAAAAUACUGGAAUCCGAUUUCCAUCAAUUUCAGAAAAAAACUGUUUAAAUUAAAUUAAAAAUUACUAGCUAACUCCCCAGAGCCCUAAACCAAUUGAUUGUGUUAUUGCCUUCACCUAUUUCUGCAUGGGAUUAUAGGAGGGAGUUUUUUCAAGUCAUUGCCAGUUAGAUAAUAGAUAUGUAUUACUUUCCAUACUUCAUAGCACAUUUUCUCUGUCAUAACUUCAAAUUGAUAAAUAUGUCAUUAAAGUGAUCAACCAAUUCCAGGUUAUAUAACUUACCACACAGGUAAGGCAUUGUCUUUGACCUCACCACUUAUAUGUUGUGUUUUACUUAAGGAGAAAACAUUUUAGGCUGUGUUCUGUCCAUGUUAUUUCUUAACUAGAAUCUGUUGAACAUUGAAAAACUGUCUUUCCCAAAGGUGCUAAUGACCUCCUGUAUCAAUGUCCUUUAGUUGUGUGAACAAAAUCAGAUAUUAUAUUUGACAUCAGGAAAAUGGUAGUUCAUUAGUUAGAUUAGUGUAACAUACACAUAGAAUGGGGAUAUUUAGUUUCCAUAUAUAUGUAUUGGUGUACAUAAAAAAGUAGGUUAUGGAAUAUGUUAUGAUAUGUACUUUACAGACCAUUUGAAAACAAAUAAUGAUUCGUCAAAACUAGGGGUUAACUGAUAUUCUGUGUAAUAUCAAAUAUCAAAGCUUUUCUAGAAUGAUAUCAAGCAUCAUAGCUUUUCUAUAAUCAAAGUUAAGACUUUCAUUUCUGUCACAGUUAAAUGAAUUUCAUGAGAUUGUGGAAGCUAUGUGAGUACUAGAAGAAUACGUAUUUCAGACUUACCUUGACCCUAACAAGUAGCCCUCAUAACGUUCCUGUGAUCAAUUUCCACCUCCAAUGAUAUUCAUCAACACUUUUUUUAUUAAGGUAGAGAGUUCCUGCAUACCACGUUGUCCAAUAAAGGAGGUUUCCAAAUUGUCUUUUCUGUCCUAUAUCAGUAUAAAUAAAAUAGUCUUCAUAAUCCUGAACUCAUUGGGAUGAGAUUUUGACACCUACCUUCAAUGAAUUAGAUAUUGCUUCAUAUUUAUAAACAAUUUGUGGAGCUUCAUUUCAUAACAAGGAAAACAGGGUAAUGUAACUCAAAAUAUUGAUAAUGAGUUGAAAUCACUGACAUAUUUCAUUCAUGUGGAUAUUUCUGUAUUGUUAGCUAAUAUAUUGACAGUCUUGCCUUGUUAUUAACCGAUCAUUAUCACUUAACAAAGUCCAAUGUUCGGGCGAAACUAGUCUCCUUUGCCGUUGUGAUUGAUCUCUACUCUUACUAACAAAUAGAUAUAUUGAUAGAUGUUAUAUUGAUAGAUUUUAUAUUGCGUUUGCAUCAACACGGGUAAAAUAGUUGGAAACUGUUGAAUCCUCGUUUUUAUAUCAAGGACAAUAUUGUUACUACCUUACUGAUGGAAACUGCUAUGCUAUACUUAAUGCCCUUGAUCAUAAAAUACUAAACAUGCUAUUUGAUGUGUGCAGUUCUGUUAUAUUAGCACAAUCAUAUUUCUCAAGAUACAUUCAGAUAUUACAUAUUUGAAAAUCAAGUCGUUAUAACAAAAUUAAACUUUCUAUAGCGUAGACUGAAGUGUCCCUGGUAAAAAGAAACAAAAACAGUGUUCAGAUCACAAUUCUCAAGAUACCGCCAGAAGUUCCUUGGUUGAAAAUCAAGUCGUUUGAAUAGCCUUAAACGUUCUGCAAUGUACAAUCAUUCUCAUCACAUUCCUGAAUUAAGUCUUAGGACAACAACCUUAACAUUUCAACAUGGGGAUUAAAAUCUUUUUGAUAGGAUACCUAAGCCAGUGUUAAUAGGACACGUCUAUGUGUGCAGAAAAAACUGGCCCACCAGGUUAUUUGUCGACAAGAAAUAUUUAUGAUUACAUCUUUAAAAAAACCUUGAUGAUAUGUUCCUACUAAUAACUGUUUAUAGUUAGUGGAUAUUGUGAAAUCAAAAUCAUCUUAUAAGUCAUAUUUUUGUAGCGAGUUGAGCGUUAUCGUAAUAUUGCAAGUAUUGGGUUGACUUUUAGUACUGUUAAUGAACAAUGUAUUUUCCUCACUAGAUUUGAUAUGCAUUUGAUUAAAGAUAGUGAUUUGUCAUCGCAUGGAACAGUGAAAAGCCUGCUAUUCUGAAAGUAGUUCUGUACAAGUCAUGCGUUGCAUUAACCAAACGUUGCUACUGCUGAAUACUCCACCCAUUUAGAAGUGGUUCCACACACUUUGUGCUGAGGACAGAACGAUUUGUCGAUUUUUUAUUUGUGCCAGAUUAGGCGGUUUUCUACUAAAGAAUAAUAGUCUUUGUUUCAGUCUUUAUAUUAUUAAGGAAAAUCAUUGUGAUGUCAUUAAAUUGCAAGACAGUUAAAGGAAUAAUGGAUUAAUGAUUAAAAUUUGACUUGUUGUUAUGUAAUAUCUAAUGUAAAUAAGUAUUAUAUCAUUCCCGGCAAUUCACAGUAUAUGUAUUUUAAUAUUUAGUGUAUACCUUAUUUUAACCAUAAGAUUACACAGAAAGGAAAAAAGAAAGAAAAAUACAACUUACGCCAUAUUCAUGAUGUAUUUUUUCUGGUGUGUGUUUUUUCUCAUUGUCAUUCUUGACAUGUAUACAAGACAAAUGCAUCAAAUGACCAACAAUACAAUACCCCUUGGGUGCCUCAUAUAUUAGGUUUCAUUUUGAUUUCAUUCAUCACAGUUGUUGAUUGGCUAGGCGUAUGGAUGACACUCAUUGUUGUGGUCUGGUAGUCGAGGCCGGCACAGCAUACAGCUCCAUCACAGGUUCUGGUCCCGACUUUGUAACAUAAGAAAGACUAUAGCGGUCUGCUAUGAUUAAUCUCCUAUAUCAGUUGUUAUGUAGCACAAUAUAACGGCACACAACCAGGUCAAUAUGCUAUCGCCCAAACCCAAGGGUUUAUCUUUCCUCCUCCUCUUUACUUAAUCCUCCAGAUUCCUUUCAAAGGGAUUAGUCUGUUAUUUAUAGAGAAUGUAGAUUAAGUUGUUUUGUACUUGGAGCAGUAAUUGUGUGAUGUUCAUCGCUUUUUAAAACGUUGUGAUUGGUAUAGUUUUGCACGAAUUGUUUGUGAGAAGAAUCAAGAAUGAUGUGAAAAUGGAUUUUUGUAAUUCUGCGUUGACCACGAUAUUAUGUAGACAAUGCGUACUUUCAGUACUUAGUUAAGAUACCUUGUAACGGACUUAGUUCUGCAAUCAAAUACUAUGAUCUUUUUGUAAGCCUUUUCCCCCAGCACGUUACUUUGUGAUAGACUCUAUUGGUGCCGAUGUCAAAGGAAAAGAGAAAGAAUAUUUAUAUUAUGUAAUAUUGCUUCUAGUUUGCGUCAUAUUUUUGUGUAUAAGAUGAAUUUGACAUGUUGGAUGGAACAGCGAUGAACUUAAAAGAGGAUAGUUCGUUACUGAAGGUUAUAUGUAAGAGAUGAAAAUUCUUUGGGGAUAGUAUUAAAUCGCAAACAAAUAUAUACAUGAAGUUGAUAAAACAAAUACAGAAAAAUCGUAACGAAUGGUCUGUUUUAUAAUUUCCUGUAAAUAUAUACUGGUAUGUAUUUAAUUUGGCUACAGCUUUAAGUAACCCUUUAAAAUAACAAACGAAUUUCCUACGAUAGAACAUUUUCCGUCAUCUAUUCCAGCAAGAAUUCAAACAUUGUUUUAAUAUUUUAUAUAUUGUUUCGACCUUGGAUCAGUAUUUUAUCAAAGUUACUUAAUAUAGCGAAACUUGUGUUUUAUGUCUGAUGUGUUCAAAUAUCAAAAACUGAAUCGCGUUGCCUGUAACUUCAUCAAAGUGUCUAUGGAAAAAUAAACUCAACAAAGCAUAUGUGGAUUUGUGAAUCAAAUUCUUUCGUUUUAUUUUUAUCAUUAUUAAUUAUGUUAAUGAAUUGUUUGAUUUUGUUAAUCCUGGCUGUUAAAUAACAUUGAUGUUCGUUAAUAUAUAUUGUGACUACUCUUAAAACUUAGUAGAAUAGUAGAACUGAACUAUUGUUGACUAUAUUUUUCAUUCUAGUCAUAUUCUAUUAACUCACAGAAUCCGAAUCCUAUGUGACAGCGAUAGUGUAAACGAUGUUAUCAUUUAUUACUGUUAUCAUGGCCAUAACCAUAAAACACUGAUGCCCAUGCCAGUAGUCACGUGGGGUCGUGUUUUGACGAUACGUUGGAAAGUUACAAGUUUAAGUGGGUUUUGAAAACAUAACUCUGUCUGCGACGUCAGCAAAUCUACUGGAAAUGUUGCAUUUAGACAAAAUUUUUGUUGGUGUUCACGGAGGAAAAUUAUGAGUUAAGCUUAGAUUGAAGUGUCUUUAAUUUCCUGGUUUUUAAUGUUGUUACUUUGUAACCAUGGUCGCUGUACUUCUAUACACCUAUUGUUAUACAUGGUUCAUGAUGUUCAGUUCAUGUUGGACGUUACAAGCCGAGUAUAAUAUUUAUAAAGGCAGUUAUUUAAGAAAAUGUACUUUUAGUUAUCUUGUAUAUUUCAUAUUGAACAUGUUUAUUUUGAACCUAUUUCUAAACUGCGAUAAGGCACGCACUAUCUGUUUUACAUGUGGUAAUUUUUGUCGGUAUAAUACUUACAAAGUGGCGUGCAUUUCAUGAUCAAUUGAGACACAUUUCUCAGAUAAUCUUUAGACACAUUUAUCAUGUUAAGCACUGAAGUUCGUCAGAGGAACAUACUGCCAAUGUCGCUCGGGGAGAUGAUGACUUUAUAUUGUCAAAUUGAUAUUUCCUGUUUACACCAAUGUACGUCGACGUGUGGGCUUUGUGGUGACAGUGUGGCCAAAGAUGACAUAUUUCGCUUUUGUCACUGUUAGUAAAGUCAAGUCAAAGAUAAUACUAGUAUGUGUGUUCUGUCUUUAAUCUUCAUUUAUAAUAUCAAUGAUAUAUAAUGCCGUUAAUAUGAUUUUUAUAUAAUAUUUGCUUGUCUCUACUUUCUAAUGAUAUUGCUAAUUGCUCUUCGUAUCGUACGGGCACUGAACUAUACAUACACACUUCAAUAUUUCUUUCAUUCCAGUCAAUGUACGUUUCAUUUCAUACACAUUUACUUUGAUCAAAACGCAAUUUCACUUCUUUAUUAUAAUGAAUUCAUAGAAAGGCAGUCAUGCAGUCGAGAUACGAACAUAACCCUGUGAACACUUGAUUUGUUUAGGGAUUUGUGAGUUUAUCGUCUCGCCUGGUUCACGUGUCGAUAUUCUGUGUGUAUCUUGGAUAUAAUAUGGUAAUUACACCAUGUUGAACACUGUAAUGUUAUGGUAAGAUGUUCUGUAAAUGUGGAAGUCUAUCAACAUCGAAAUAUGAGGGAUUUUGUGCUGUCAUCUUUUUUUGUACGACGAGCAGGAGUAAGAGGGUGUAAUGUAUUUAUUGUAUAUUAUGGCGUCAUUGAUUUCUGAGUGGAAAUGUGGUACUUCGAUUGAGAUUGGAGUAUGUUUUCAUAUCUGUGUUAAUAUAAUACUAUAUUAAUUUCUAUAUAGGUUUUAACUUCUUUAAUAAAACAACUAUCACUAUU